GGUCUGCGGCGCAGGCGCAGUGCGGAUAAACAGGAAGCGGGCGGUAGGGGCUGAAGCACGGGAGGCUUAGGGAUUUCGGGAGGGUAGAGACUGGAGAACUAGGAUUAUUUGGGGGACAGCGGAGCGCCGAGAGAGGAAGAAGCAGCCUUGGCCAUCAGCCUCUGGCGUGUGAUUCCGGCUUCGCUCUCUCCGAUUAGGCUUAUACUUCCGUCCCCCCCAAUUUAGGCUGAAGCAGCGGCUGACAAAGGGCUCCAGCCGGGGCCGCCGCCCUUCGCAUCCGGGCAUCCGGGCCCCUGCGGUGAGGGAGGAGGCAGGGCGGCCGGGAGGGGGAGGAGCCGGAGGGGCGCGCGCCGGGAGCCAAAGCCCUCUCCGGGGCUCCAGGCCAGAGACCCGACGGCGGACGGAGGCCGCAGAGCACCCGCAGAGGUGGCGGCGGCCGGUGGUAGGAGGAUGGUGCAGAAGGAGAGCCAGGCGGCGCUGGAGGAGCGGGAGGGCGAGCUCGGUUCCAACCCGGCCGCUUCUUCCGGAACAUCGUUGGAGCCUCCGGCGGCUCCGGCCCCGGGAGAGGACAACCCAACCGGAGCCGGAGGCGCUGCCGCGGCCCGGGUGGCAGGAGGGGCUCGGAGGUUCCUGUGCGGCGUGGUAGAAGGAUUUUAUGGAAGACCUUGGGUAAUGGAACAGAGAAAAGAACUCUUUAGAAGGCUCCAGAAAUGGGAAUUAAAUACAUACUUGUAUGCCCCAAAAGAUGACUACAAACACAGAAUGUUUUGGCGUGAGAUGUAUUCAGUGGAGGAAGCUGAACAACUUAUGACUCUGAUCUCUGCUGCACGGGAAUAUGAAAUAGAGUUCAUCUAUGCUAUCUCACCUGGAUUGGAUAUCACUUUUUCUAACCCCAAAGAAGUAUCUACAUUGAAACGCAAAUUGGACCAGGUAUCUCAGUUUGGAUGCAGGUCAUUUGCUUUGCUUUUUGAUGAUAUUGACCAUAAUAUGUGUGCAGCAGAUAAAGAAGUCUUCAGUUCUUUUGCUCAUGCCCAAGUCUCCAUCACAAAUGAAAUUUAUCAGUAUCUAGGAGAGCCAGAAACUUUCCUCUUCUGUCCAACAGAAUACUGCGGCACAUUCUGUUACCCGAAUGUGUCUCAAUCUCCUUAUUUGAGGACUGUGGGUGAAAAGCUUCUGCCUGGAAUCGAGGUGCUUUGGACAGGUCCUAAAGUUGUUUCUAAAGAAAUUCCUGUGGAGUCUAUUGAAGAGGUUUCUAAGAUUAUUAAGAGAGCUCCAGUAAUCUGGGAUAACAUUCAUGCUAAUGAUUAUGAUCAGAAAAGGUUAUUUUUGGGCCCCUACAAAGGAAGGUCCACAGAACUCAUUCCACGGUUGAAAGGUGUAUUGACAAAUCCAAAUUGUGAAUUUGAAGCCAACUUUGUUGCUAUCCACACCCUCGCCACCUGGUACAAAUCAAACAUGAAUGGAGUGAGAAAAGAUGUAGUGAUGACUGAUAGCGAAGACAGUACUGUAUCGAUCCAGAUAAAGUUAGAAAAUGAAGGCAGUGAUGAAGAUAUUGAAACUGAUGUCCUCUACAGUCCUCAGAUGGCUCUCAAGCUAGCCCUGACAGAAUGGUUGCAGGACUUCGGUGUACCUCACCAGUAUAGCAGUAGGCAAGUUGCACACAGUGGAGCUAAAGCAAGUGUAGUUGAUGGCACGCCCUUGGUUGCAGCACCAUCUUUAAAUGCCACAACUGUGGUUACCACUGUUUACCAGGAGCCUAUUAUGAGCCAGGGAGCAGCUUUGAGUGGUGAACCUACAGCUCUGACCAAGGAAGAAGAAAAGAAACAGCCUGAUGAGGAACCCAUGGACAUGGUAGUAGAAAAACAGGAAGAAGCAGACCAAAAGAAUGACAAUCAAAUACUAACUGAAAUUGUUGAAGCUAAAAUGGCAGAGGAAUUGAAACCAAUGGAUACUGAUAAGGAGAGUAUAGCUGAAUCAAAAUCCCCAGAGAUGUCUAUGCAAGAAGAUUGCAUUAGUGAUGUUGCACCUAUGCAGACUGAUGAGCAAACAAACAAGGAGCAGUUUGUACCAGGGCCCAAUGAAAAGCCUUUGUAUACUGCAGAACCAGUGACUCUAGAGGAUUUGCAGUUACUUGCUGAUUUGUUCUAUCUUCCUUAUGAGCAUGGACCCAAAGGAGCACAGAUGCUCCGGGAAUUCCAGUGGCUUCGAGCAAAUAGCAGUGUUGUCAGUGUCAAUUGCAAAGGAAAAGACUCUGAAAAAAUUGAAGAAUGGCGGUCACGAGCAGCCAAGUUUGAGGAGAUGUGUGGACUAGUGAUGGGGAUGUUCACUCGGCUCUCCAAUUGUGCCAACAGGACAAUCCUUUAUGACAUGUAUUCCUAUGUUUGGGAUAUCAAGAGUAUAAUGUCUAUGGUGAAGUCUUUUGUACAGUGGUUAGGGUGUCGUAGUCAUUCUUCAGCACAGUUCUUAAUUGGAGACCAAGAACCCUGGGCCUUUAGAGGUGGUCUAGCAGGAGAGUUCCAGCGUUUGCUGCCAAUUGAUGGGGCAAAUGAUCUCUUUUUUCAGCCACCCCCACUGACUCCUACCUCCAAAGUUUAUACUAUCAGACCAUAUUUUCCUAAAGAUGAGGCUUCCGUGUACAAGAUUUGCAGAGAAAUGUAUGAUGACGGAGUGGGUUUACCUUUUCAAAGUCAGCCUGACCUUAUUGGAGACAAGUUAGUAGGCGGGCUGCUUUCCCUAAGUCUGGAUUAUUGUUUUGUCCUGGAAGAUGAAGAUGGCAUAUGUGGUUAUGCCUUGGGCACUGUAGAUGUGACCCCUUUUAUUAAAAAAUGUAAAAUUUCCUGGAUUCCCUUCAUGCAGGAGAAGUAUACCAAGCCAAAUGGUGAUAAAGAGCUCUCCGAGGCUGAGAAAAUAAUGUUGAGUUUCCAUGAAGAACAGGAAGUACUGCCAGAAACUUUCCUUGCCAACUUUCCUUCUUUGAUAAAGAUGGAUAUUCACAAAAAAGUAACUGACCCAAGUGUGGCCAAAAGCAUGAUGGCGUGUCUUCUAUCUUCACUAAAGGCUAAUGGCUCUCGAGGGGCUUUCUGUGAAGUGAGACCAGAUGAUAAAAGAAUCCUGGAAUUUUACAGCAAGCUAGGCUGUUUUGAAAUUGCAAAAAUGGAAGGCUUUCCAAAAGAUGUGGUUAUACUUGGCCGCAGCCUGUGACAUUUGUCGGCGGCACUGGGAGCUGUUCAAAGUCCUUCACCCCCACCUUGUGAUUGAUGGUUGGGGUCGUCAUAACAGUUCAUCUUCCCGAGUGGCAACAAAUCAGCCAUUUGAAUUGAAAACAAAGAAAACUACACACUUUCAGACUACUCACUGGUUGGAAGAAGAUAGUAUUGCGCAAAUCCUGUGUGAAAUGGAUGUUGGGCCCUCUUUUGGGUCUUGGGUCUUGUUAGGUGCCAGGACCUCUUCCAUGGGAAUAUAGGGAAAAGGGUCUUCAAUAAAUGUAGUCAGCACUACUUUCUGCAUCCAGUGUGGUUGCAUUUCUCACCUAACAGUAAUCAGAGUCACUUUGUCAUUCUUUGGAGACAUGGCAGUGAUGAAAAAGAUUCAGUAGGUUUCAGAGGCUUCAGGGUGGAAUUUCCAGGUAAGAUGGUUGUGGCAUUACUUUUUAGUUUGGGCAGGUUCUCUGCUUGCUUUUUUUUUUUUUUUUUUUUGUAAGUCAUGGCCAAUUACCUUUCUGUAGUGACCAUUGGUUCAAGCAUGUUGUGCUUUGUAGGGACAAAUGUGCAGUUGUUGGUGGCGAAAGCCUCAAAUCAACAAACUUGUAGAUUUAUUUGUAUAUAAAUCAGUUGUAGUAGGACUAUCCUUUCAGUUUACGGUGUUGAAAUAUUUUUUCCUUUCAGAAAUGAAAGGUGUUGGUUUAGAAUGGCACUUUGAAUAAUAUUAAUCAGUGGAAGGUAGAUUUUCUUUUUGUCUUUUUUAUAUGCUCCUAAUAAGCUUUAUUUUUAAAAGUGCCUCCCAUAUAGGGAUAGGCCAUGACCAUUUUGGGUAUGAGAGCCUAACUUCAUAGGAUGCUUAUCUGUUGCAAAGUUCUUUCACUUCUGAAAAUUAACAGAUCAGCUUGUGAAAUGUUACUUUUGACAUCUUUGUCGGGAGGGUAAGGGGACUGGGUAGUCUCAUUUGCCCUUUGAUCAGUUGUCAUUUGAUGUCAAUUACUACUGGUUUAACUGAAUCAGUCUUUAAUUCUUGCAUGUUUGUAUUUAAUUUUUAAAUGAAGAAAUGAGUACACCUUAACCAAUGAUUUAUGGUUACCCUUUUUCCUUUAAUCACAGAUUUUGAAAGCUUCAUGUAUUUUAAUUUUGCUUGGUGUUUUUAAGGGGUUUUGAGCUUGAGGCUGGCAGGUAUUCUCCAGGAUUCGUUUUCUUCAUCAUGGUUGGCUUUGGCCUAGAUUCUUAACAGUAGUUUGUUCCCUGCAGUUUUACAUCAGCUGACAUGAGAGGGUCAAAGAAGAAAACUUGGUUUUCCUUUACACAGUUCCACUAGUCUUUGAGUCUUUAAACAUGGUAUCUAAAGGAUGGGCUGAGUGAGGAGCAGGAUGGAGCUGCUUUUUUAGGGUUAAACUUUUGAACUGUAUAGGAGGAUGUAGUGUGUUGGAAAGUUGAAAACAAGUUUGCAUUUUUGAGGGCUGAAGUGAAGGAUCCCUACUAGGUGUUUUAAGACAAGUGAAUGUUACUUGGUUUUCUUUGAAUACAUUGCAGGCAGUAGAGGACAAUUUAUAGCAUUUUAUCUUAAGGAAUCAGGGUUUUUAUACAAGUUGCUUUUGAUUUUUAUCUUGUCUAUUAACCAUUUUGGCUGAUUGGUCACACAUCUAAAUGUGAAACAGGUCUGUACCCUCAUCAUUCUUGGAUUGUAAAGUGCUAUGCUAUCUUCCAUGGUUAUGAAUAUUUAUUACGGUUGGAAUGACAUUUCAUUGUUUAGAUCACAACUCAGUUCCUGUAGAUAAUGAGCUGUAAAAUUAUCUGAAGAUCAUGCAAGAGGCAAAAAUAAAACUUGAAGUGAACCAG